CUGAUUCAGAGGCGCCGGGGCAGACGAAAAGCCAAGCCGCCCGCCCUCCCUCCUUCGCCACCAGCCGGCUUUGCUUGCAGAGAGGAGGAGCGAGACGGUCGCCGCCUGCCAUGCACCUCUUGCCGCAAGGGGAGAGCAGCGCUGCCAGGAUACAGACCCGUCGGGUAGGCGAGUGAGGAGGAGGCGACAGAGAGAGGGGGGGAGAAAAAAGAGGGGGACACCUGAUUUCUCCUCCUGUACCCCCGGAGUGAGUCGCGCUUUCUCUGCGUCCUUCUGGAUGCCGGCUUGAACCGGGGCCUCCUUUUGCAAAACGCUGCCUGGCUUGUUUCCCCCCCCUCCUUCUUGUGGGGGCGCUGCUGAUUUCCCUCCCCCUCCCUUUGCUCCUUCCAUUGAAUCUUUCUUUUUUGGAGGGGGGUGCUCUGCGAGUGCGCGCGCUGCCGUUGCCUGGAUUGCAACCACCUCAUUUUACUCUUCCUUGAAAUCGAUUUUUUUUCACGUGAUCUAAUAGAUCAACUCUUCUCUUUUCCUCCGGAGCAGAGGUGGUGUGUGCGUGUGCUUGCGGGCUGCUUUUUCCUUCUGGAAGGGGAGAUGCGAAGGGUGUGGAGGUGAUGGACGCGAGGCGAUGGCAUAGGAGCGCGGCUCCGGUUUGCAGGAGAGGCGGCGGCGGCGGCGAUUCCUCCGAGGCGUCCAAAACGGCACCAUAACCGGAGAUCGGGGUUUUUUUUCCAGUAGCGGGGCGGCGGUUGCUAAGGAGAAGCGGAGCGGCCUUUAUAUUGCAUUUCUCUCCCCGCCCCUCCUCCUCGCAGUCCCUUUUUUCUAUUUAAAAGGAAACAAGAAAAAGCAACCCGCUCUCCUCUCCCCUCCCCCCUUCAGUUUCUCUCUGAUGAAAAUGGAUCCGGAUUUGCUAAUGACUCUUUCCGAUCCAGGGACCAAACCGGAUCGAGAGCCGCUGCUGACGCUGGGGCCCCUCCAGAAUGGGAAAUACCUCCUCCUGGAGCAAAAGAGAGGACCGGCUUUGCCCAGCCCCGAACUCGUGCUGCUUUCCCGGGAAACAACCGCGGGAAACACCGCCUUGAUCUUGCCCGGAACAGGGGACAUAAAAAAGCCUUUGGCCCUGGAGCGGGUCCUGAACGGGAUGAAGCUCGGUGAGAUGGAGCGCCGCCAAGCCUUGUUCCCCGACGGCCCCCUUGAAUUUUUGUACCGCGUGGAGAAGGAGCCGGAGGAGGUGGACCGGGAGGCCCAAGGGCCAAUCAGCGACGGGGAAACCGGUUCAGGUGUGGGCCAUAACAGUAAUCCGGAUAGCCCCGGGGAGGGUUUGGAUUUGAGGCUUGCUCCUGUCCGGGAUGGGUUGGCCUUGGAGGAAAGCACAGCGCUGAGGGAAGAGGAGCAGUUGGUCUCCUGCUCCUCCAGCCAGGCUGAGUCUCCAGUUCCUCAGGAUUUACAACCGGUUGUAGAGGAGUGGCGUGAAGGAGAUCCCUUUCCACAACCCCAGGAGCCUGUGGAAGGUGGGGAACCCUUGAUCUUGGCUGGUGAGCCUUCUCAAGAGGAAGAGGAGGAGGAAGAAGGCCCCUUAGACAGAGGCCUUCCAAGCCCCCCUUGGACUAAAGAUAUGGAUAGCUGUGACUCUCAAAAGUGUCCGCAGAGCCCUUUGCUGCGGCCUUUGGAUUUGGCUCUUGCUCCCCCAAUUGGCACGGGAGUGGACCUCUUCCCUGCUUUCCAUUCUCCCAAUAAUCUCAGCCCACACCUUGAAUUUGGGCACACUGAACACAUAGAGGAUGAAUCUCCAAGUUCUCCAGAUGAUGCUCCCCGACUCCGAGCUGUCUUCGAUGCCCUGGACCGUGAUGGUGAUGGAUUUGUCCGGAUAGAGGAGUUUGUCCAGUUUGCUACAGUUUAUGGAGCAGAGCAGGUGAAAGACCUGACCAAGUUCUUAGACCCCGCUGGGCUUGGAGUAAUCAGCUUUGAAGACUUCUAUCGAGGAAUCUCAGCUAUCAGGAACGGAGCAGUUCCUGACAGCCAGCUCUGCACUAUGGGAUAUGCCCAUGAUGAACCACCAUCUGCCUGUCCUGAUGAGUUUGAUGACUUUGUCACAUUUGAGGCAAAUGAAGUGACAGACAGUGCAUACAUGGGCUCAGAGAGCACCUAUAGCGAGUGUGAGACUUUCACGGAUGAAGAUACCAGCACCCUGGUGCAUCACGAGAUGCAUGAUGAAGUAGAAACGGAUAGCGCGAUCGAUUCCACUGUGCACUCGGAGUUCACGGACCCCAUCGAGGAGCCUGAGAACGGAUCUCACCCUCAUGACCUUCCUUUGACCUCGGACAUUAACAAUCACUCCAUCGUCACCGUAAUUAGCGGGGAGGAGCACUUUGAGGACUACGGGGAAGGGAAUGAGGUGGAUCUCUUCUCAGACAGCUUGUGCAACGGAGAAAGUGGCUUCAGCAGUUCAUCCUUCCUCUCUCCCAGCACCAACCCACUUGCGGCGAAACUGCACAGCAUUAUCACUGAUGAGGCGUUUGAGUUUUACUGUACCCAGUGCCACAAACAAAUCAACCGCCUCGAGGACCUGUCUGCUCGCCUAAAUGAUCUUGAAAUGAAUAGUCCAAAUAAGAGGCUCUCAAGCAAGAAGGUAGCCAGGCACCUUCACCAGACAGGAACCCUCCCUCUGGAUGUCAUGGAGGAACCCUUCCGGAACAACACUGAAUGCCUGGAAGAGGACAUCACUGAUAAGGUGAUCUUCCUAGAGAAAAGAGUGACAGAGCUGGAAAAGGACACGGUGGCAAAUGGGGAGCAGCACAGCCGCUUAAAGCAGGAAAACCUGCAGCUGGUGCACAGAGCAAACGCCCUGGAGGAGCAGCUGAAAGAGCAGGAGCUGAAAUCAGAUGAGGUUCUCAUGGAUGAAAUCCGGAAACAGCGGGAUCUGCUGAGCAAGAUGGAGCGGGAGAAGAGCAUUGAGAUCGAGAACCUCCAAGCCCGGAUACAGCAGCUGGAUGAUGAGAACGGCGAACUUCGGUCCUGCGUCCCUUGCCUGAGAGCCAAUAUUGAGAGGCUAGAGGAGGAGAAGCAGAAGUUGCUAGACGAGAUAGAAGACCUCACUAUGCAGCUCAAUGAGGAGCAGGAGAACAAGAGGAAGUUGGGAGACAAGCUGACCCACGAGAGGCACCAGUUCCAAAAGGACAAGGAAUCGACCCAGGAGUUGAUUGAGGACCUCAGGAAACAGCUGGAGCACCUGCAGCUCUUCAAGCUGGAAGCAGAACAGCGAAGGGGCAGGAGCAGCAGCAUAGGCCUCCAGGAAUAUAACAGCCGGACGCGGGAGACAGAACUGGAACAAGAGAUCAGGCGGCUCAAGCAGGAUAACCGAAACUUGAAGGAACAGAAUGAUGAGCUGAAUGGGCAGAUCAUAAACCUCAGUAUUCAAGGCGCCAAGAACCUCUUCUCUGCUUCCUUCUCUGAAUCUCUGGCUGCAGAAAUCAGCUCCGUCUCCAGAGAUGAGCUAAUGGAGGCGAUUCAGAAACAAGAAGAAAUCAAUUUCCGUCUCCAGGACUACAUUGACCGGAUCAUUGUGGCCAUCAUGGAAACCAACCCAUCCAUCCUGGAGGUCAAGUAGGAGGCUGAGAACUGCGGUCCUGAGUGACACUUGGGUGCCGUGCAUUUGCUGCUCUUGAGGAGAUGCUGGCAAGUCUUGGCUCUUCUGCAAAGAAGGCGCGGGAAGCCUCACGUCAUGAAAUUGGUUAGGUGGUGGAACCUGGUGGACUUGUGGGAGAGAGAGACGGCUAUUGAGCCUGGCUGCGCUGACUCCAGUGUGUUUUUGAGCCCUUGUGACUCACAAGGGUUGGGUGGGGGUGGGCAAAAGGAAACCUGGAGGGAAAAAAUGCAAGGCGCAGAACACAGUGGGAAAAGGGGGUGGGGGAAUGGGAACGUACACCAGCAGCCUGCCGUGCUGGGCUGCAACUUGAAACCCUCUUCCUGUAAGCUUACAACCCUGCCCUGCACAAGGGGAGAGAAAAGAGGUCCAAAUCUCUCUUGUCCCGCAGCAGCCAUCACAGGGGAGAUGAAGAAGAAGAGAAGUUCUCCACUGCCUCCCUCCCUCCCUUGCCUUGCCCACCCCAUCCUUCCUGAAAACUCACUGGGAGACACAUCAGUUGCACUCUGCAGCAUCUCCCUUCUUGAAGCUGUGGGCACCCUCCAAGAGGGGUCAAGGCCACAAGACACGUGGAUGACUUUUAUCAUUGAACCAGUGGAAGGGGAGAAAAGG